AUGUCUUGUAACGAAGUUACCAGCGUUGGGCCACUCGGGGAUGGUCCCGGCCGUGGAGGAAUGAAACCAAUUACGACGGCAAGAUAUGCUCCUGUGUGGCCAGGAACAGCCCCAGAAACAAUGGCGAGCAUGGAAGAACCUUGCUAUAAUCUACCAGACAAGCUCGCAAGAUAUUCAACCUACACUCAGCGGUAG